AUGUCGCAGUCUGGAUUAGCAAUCAAAGCAACUCGCGCUGAUAACUUCUACUUCCCACCUGAUUAUGAAGAGCGGCAUGGUAGUAUCAAUAAGAUCAAUAAGGCCCAUACACUGGGGAAGAGGGCCAAGUACAUAUCUGAUGGUAUCAUCAUAAUACGUUUCGAGAUGCCAUUCCAUGUCCGAUGUGACAAAUGUCUUCAACGGACGGCUCAGGGUGUAAGGUUCAACGCUCGGAAGAAGAAAGUUGGUUCGUAUUAUACAACACCUAUAUACGAGUUUACAUUCCUAUGCAAGAAGUGUGAGAAUCCCUUCGUGAUUCGGACAGACCCCGAGCAUGCGGGGUACUCACUUGAGUCGGGAUGCACUAAGUGUGCCAUGGAAUGGGAUCCUAAGAGUGCUGGUACGAUUGAGGUUAUUGAUCCAGAGACACGGAGGGAUAUGGACAACGAUCCGAUGUUCAAGUUGGAGAAGACUGUAACUGAUGAGGGACGGGUAAGGAAUCAGAAAGAUGGCUUGAGAGCUCUCCUACGAAGGGAAGAUGAGCUCCAUGGUGAUGAUUACAUGGCUAGUCGUAUAGUGAGGAAGAGGUUCCGAGAGGAAAGUAAAAUAAUAGAGGAAGAGAAGAAAAGACGGCAGAAGAAGCAUAACUUUGGUAUGAUACUAGCUGAUGCAGAUGAGGAGGAUACACGUGAAGCUGCAAGACUGAGGAGGGCUGGUAUGUUCAAGACCAAUGAACAUCACGUGAACACUGCUAUAAAUGGUUUGCGUAUGAUGAUGACACCGACGGUGGCCACCACCACCACCACCACCAUCACCAUUCGUCGGUAG